AUGAGCAAAUUUACUUACCUUCAAAAUGGCAACGUACCGAACGGUGUUGCGAACGGUGCUGCUGCACCACACACGAACGGUCAUCAUCACCAAAAUGGACAUUCGAACGGUAACCGGAAUGGUACCGUCUCGUUGCCGGCUGCCGAAGCUUACCAGCAAAAGGGAGCAACGAGCGGUCCCUUCCAUAUGCCACGCACAGAGCACGCUGGGUACACCUACGACACGCUGCAGGAAAUCGCAAAUUAUCUCCUGGCGCGCACGGAACUCCGCCCGAAGGUUGGAAUCAUUUGUGGGUCCGGGUUGGGUACGCUGGCGGAUCAGCUGACCGAUGUGGACAGCUUCGACUACGAGACGAUCCCACACUUUCCCGUCUCUACCGUGGCCGGCCAUGUCGGGCGGCUUGUGUUCGGUUAUCUGGCCGGUGUACCAGUCAUGUGCAUGCAGGGCCGUUUCCAUCACUACGAAGGAUAUCCGCUCGCAAAGUGUUCCAUGCCCGUGCGUGUAAUGCAUCUGAUCGGUUGCACACAUCUGAUCGCGACCAAUGCGGCCGGUGGUGCCAAUCCCAAGUACCACGUGGGUGACAUCAUGCUCAUCAAGGAUCACAUCAAUCUGAUGGGUUUCGCCGGCAACAAUCCGCUGCAGGGUCCAAACGAUGAACGCUUUGGACCACGGUUCUUCGGCAUGGCCAACACGUACGAUCCGAAACUCAUCCAGACGGCGAAAGUGAUCGGCCGUCAGAUUGGGAUCGAGAAUGAGCUGCGCGAGGGUGUCUACACCUGUCUCGGUGGACCCAACUUCGAAACGGUCGCCGAGGUGAAGAUGCUGGCCAUGCUCGGUGUCGAUGCGAUCGGUAUGUCGACGGUGCACGAGAUCAUCACGGCACGGCACUGCGGCAUGACGUGCCUUGCCUUCAGCCUCAUCACCAACAUGUGCACGAUGAGCUACGAGGAGGAGGAAGAGCACUGUCACGACAGUAUUGUGGGUGUCGGUAAGAACCGGGAGAAGACACUGGGCGAGUUUGUUAGCCGCAUUGUCAAGCAUAUUCACUACGAAACGAAGAAGUAA